GCGCGCAGAUGUGUGAGACCUUUUAUUGUAAGAGUGGACAGACUUCCCAGAUUUCAGAGCCCCAUUUUCGAGCCCCGUGGGAUCCCGCGGCCCCCAGCCAGCGCCAGCAUGCAGAACAGUCACAGCGGAGUGAAUCAGCUCGGUGGUGUCUUUGUCAACGGGCGGCCACUGCCGGACUCCACCCGGCAGAAGAUCGUAGAGCUAGCUCACAGCGGGGCCCGGCCGUGCGACAUUUCCCGAAUUCUGCAGACCCAUGCAGAUGCAAAAGUCCAAGUGCUGGACAAUCAAAACGUGUCCAACGGAUGUGUGAGUAAAAUUCUGGGCAGGUAUUACGAGACUGGCUCCAUCAGACCCAGGGCAAUCGGUGGUAGUAAACCGAGAGUAGCGACUCCAGAAGUUGUAAGCAAAAUAGCCCAGUAUAAGCGGGAGUGCCCGUCCAUCUUUGCUUGGGAAAUCCGAGACAGAUUAUUGUCCGAGGGGGUCUGUACCAACGAUAACAUACCAAGUGUGUCAUCAAUAAACAGAGUUCUUCGCAACCUGGCUAGCGAAAAGCAACAGAUGGGCGCAGACGGCAUGUAUGAUAAACUAAGGAUGUUGAACGGGCAGACCGGAAGCUGGGGUACCCGCCCCGGUUGGUAUCCGGGGACUUCUGUGCCAGGGCAACCUACACAAGAUGGCUGCCAGCAACAGGAAGGAGGGGGAGAGAAUACCAACUCUAUCAGUUCCAAUGGAGAAGAUUCAGAUGAGGCCCAAAUGCGACUUCAGCUGAAGCGGAAGCUGCAAAGAAAUAGAACAUCCUUUACCCAAGAGCAAAUUGAGGCCCUGGAGAAAGAGUUUGAGAGAACCCAUUAUCCAGAUGUGUUUGCCCGAGAAAGACUAGCGGCCAAAAUAGAUCUACCUGAAGCAAGAAUACAGGUAUGGUUUUCUAAUCGGAGGGCCAAAUGGCGAAGAGAAGAAAAACUGAGGAAUCAGAGGAGACAGGCCAGCAACACACCUAGUCACAUCCCCAUCAGCAGUAGUUUCAGCACCAGUGUCUACCAGCCAAUCCCACAACCCACCACGCCUGUUUCCUCCUUCACCUCUGGCUCCAUGUUGGGCCGGACAGACACAGCCCUCACAAACACGUACAGCGCUCUGCCACCCAUGCCCAGCUUCACCAUGGCGAAUAACCUGCCUAUGCAACCCCCAGUCCCCAGCCAGACCUCUUCGUACUCCUGCAUGCUGCCCACCAGCCCUUCGGUGAACGGGCGGAGUUAUGAUACCUACACCCCCCCACAUAUGCAGACACACAUGAACAGUCAGCCAAUGGGCACCUCGGGCACCACUUCCACAGGACUCAUUUCCCCUGGUGUGUCAGUUCCCGUUCAAGUUCCUGGAAGUGAACCUGAUAUGUCUCAAUAUUGGCCAAGAUUACAGUAAAAAAAAAAAAAAAAAAAAAAAAAAAAA